UCACAUUUAUUUGGUACUAAAUUACCCAAUGUUCCCACUUCUCAAGAAUAUUCAUUAUCCAUGUCACAAGAAAAUAGCAGUAAUGCAAUUUUUCCCACUUCAAGCGGUGAAAGCUAUCGCUCGCUCUCCUGUUCAAGUGGCAGCCAAAAUGGUAUUUCGGUAACUCCUCCUUUCAUCCCCACAGCAGAAUAUAACAGUUUGUCGAGGAAAUAUUAUUGUAAUGAGGAGGACCACACGAGUUGGAAAAAACCCAAGCUUGUUUCAAAACUCAACAUAGCUGGAGUUGACCAUGAUGUCGCAACUGGCAGGAAGAACGGCUCCUCCGCAAUUGAUAGCCAAAGCGUGUAUGCUAAGAAAAGAAGAGAGAGAAUUAAUGAAAGGUUAAGAAUAUUACAGAAUCUUGUUCCUAAUGGUACAAAGGUUGACAUUAGCACAAUGCUUGAAGAAGCUGUUGAGUAUGUCAAAUUCUUGCAGCUCCAAAUCAAGCUGUUGAGCUCUGAUGAUUUAUGGAUGUAUGCUCCUAUCGCAUACAACGGGCUGGACCUUGGGCUCGAUGUGAAGCUACCUUCACCAAGAUGAGAUGACACAUAUAGCCUUCUUUCUUCAUUCAAUGUUAUUUAUUUUUUAUGUUUAAGCCUUUAGCCGCUUAAGGUGGUCUUUUUCUUAAACAUGGUUCCUUAUGAGCAUGAGUCAAGGCCAUUUGGGUCCUUUCGGGAGUGUUUUUUGGUUGACAUAU